UCCAACAAAUCUAAAUAGUUGACAAACAUUCAGAAAGUGAGGGUAAGUUGGACUACCAUCAAUGGGACAUGGACUCGCAUGGAAACAGAAGCAAUGUGGCAGAUCAUGGAGUGUGGGAUAAAAUAUUAAUUUCUUCUUCAUAAAACUGUCUCAUCUGCAUUUUCACAAUGAUUUCCAGUUUGGAGCAUACUUCCCUUAUUGCUGCUGUUUCUUUCCUGAACAUUGAACUGUAUUUUUGUGCUUGUGGACGAGCUGAAUAUGAAAUAAAUGGAGAAUGCUGCCCCAUGUGUCCACCUGGAAACCGGGUUUAUAGACAUUGCACAGAAUUCACCAGUACAACAUGUAUGCCAUGUGUUGGCUCGACUUACACUGAUGAACCCAAUGGUCUCUCAAAUUGUCUUAGCUGUACAGUGUGUGAUGUUGGACAGGGAUUAAAAGUAAAAAUGGCCUGCACAUGGACUUCAGAUACAGUUUGUGAGCCGCUGGAGGGGUUUUAUUGUACUGAUAAUUACAGAGACAAAUGCAUAUUUGCACGGCAACACACACAAUGCAACCCUGGAGAAUAUAUAAAGCAGGAAGGAACAGCAGUUAAAGAUACUGAAUGUUCACUGUGUGCAGAUGGAACCUACUCCAAUGGCUCCUUUCACAUUUGUGAACAACAUACAAAAUGUGAAGAUUUAAAACUUGAAGAAAUAACACCAGGAAGCAAUUCUUUCGAUGCCCAAUGUGGGUGCAAAAAUCUACAGUAUAUAUAAUAGUUGGAUGCAUCAUGGCAGUGCUGGCUGUAGGUUUUGCUGUAGGAGUAGCAAUAAUAAUAAUAAAAAAGAAGAAAAGCCCACAUACAGCUGGUAAUGCAAAGAUGAAAAGACUUCGAUGAAACCAGGCACAUGAACAGAUUUUCCUGUAAUUACUCUGGUCAUGUGGCUUCUUCAUUACAGCUACAAAUAAUGAUCAUAUAGAUAUAAUGCUAUACAUCUAUAUAUAGAUACAGAUAUAUCCCUGCGCCGAGACCAGGAGUUGAAGAUGCCAUCAUUUACCUGCUAAACCGUAUGUACUAACACCUGGAUAAACUGAUGAACACUUUGGGGGUCAUGUUCUUUAACUUCUCCAGUGCUUUUGACACCAUGAGGCUGGCACUUCUGCGUGAGAAGUAGACAGCGAUGCAGGUUGAUUCCCCCCCCCCGUUGUGUCCUGGAUAGUAGACUACCUGACUAGAAGACCCCAGUACGUGCCUACAACACUGUGUGUCAGGAAAAGUGAUCAGCAAUACAGGGGCCCCACAGUGGACAGUGCUCUCCCUCAUACUCUUUACUGUUUAAGAAGGAGUACAGGACAGUAAUAGGGAAUUGUGUCACAUGCCGUGAGGACACUUUUCUGCAGCUACAUUUGUGAAAAGACAAAGGAGCUGGUUGUAGACCUGAGAAAGAGGAAGGCACCUGUUACUCCUGUCUCUAUUCGAGGUGUCUGUGUGGAGAUGGUGGAGGACUACAUAUAUAUACGUGGAGGUGUACAUAGAAUGCACCAGGAACACUGAAGUUUUCCACAGAAAGGGGCCAUGGCCACCUCUUUUUUUUUUUUUUUUUAGAAGGCUGAGGACCUUCAACAUCUGCAGGAAAAUGCUAAGUAUGUUUUAUGAGACUGCUGGGGAAGCAGACUGAGUGUG